AUGAACCCCUUCCGCACCACUCUCUUACAGGCCUCGACAUCGUUCCGCUCUUCGGCGAGGCGAGCAGCUGCUCCCGUGGUCACAAGACCAGCCGCCCAGCUGCCCUGGAAAAGAUGCUUUGCCGACUCUCCCAAACCGCCAAGAAGCGGUCUGGACACUGAGCAGCAGAAAGCUCGAGACCAGUCUACCGUCGGGCCCUUCACUCUGAAAGCCGCUGCCUUCUUCAUCGUCACUGGUGUCGGUCUCUACAUGUACUUUGAAUCAGAAAAGACCAAGGUCCAACAACGUCGUCAGGAAGAGCUCGCCUCCUGCUCUGUCGGCCGACCCAACAUCGGCGGUCCCUUCCAAUUGACCACCCAGGACGGUGUGCCCUUCACUGAGCAAGACCUCAAAGGGAAAUGGAGCUUGAUCUACUUUGGUUUCACGCAUUGCCCAGAUAUCUGCCCCGAAGAGCUGGACAAGAUGGGAGAGGCUGUGGAUAUGGUGGACAAGGCGACCGGAAAGGGUGAAGUGCUUCCUGUGUUCAUCACAGUGGACCCGGCUAGGGACACUCUGCCGCAAGUCAAGAAGUAUAUCAAGGAGUUCCACCCCAGAAUGGUCGGUUUGGUCGGUGACUACGAACAAGUUAAGAAGACUUGCAAAGUCUACCGAGUCUACUUUUCGACCCCGCCUGAUGCUACUGCCGCCGACGACUAUCUCGUAGACCACAGUAUCUUCUUCUACCUCAUGGACCCAUUGGGCCAAUUCGUGGAUGCUUUCGGCAAGGCUACCACAGCCGACCAAGUCGCUUCAAAGGUCCUCGACUCAAUGAAGAAAUGGGAAGCUGCUGGUGGCAACGCCGCCGCUGGAGUGUAG